AUGAGUAGAUUGAAAAAUAAAAAUACCAUCGUGUUGGGUCAAUCUCGCGAUGCCGUGGUCUCAGAAAUUAUGAAUCUGGUUAAUAAUGUAAAUGAUGAAUAUAAAGAUUUCGAAUGGGACAUUCAAAAAGACGAAAGCACUCUUUACAAUAAUGGCCGCUUCCUUACGAAAUAUAGUCCUAGGAAAUCCCAUGAGAAUAACAGCUAUAGAUAUCCUAAUAAUUUUGCUGAACGUAUUUCUAAAACUGUCACAAAUCCGCGUUUCUUUUCCGAUACUUCCCCAAAACCUGAUGAUGUUAAACAAGGAAUUCGGGGUGAUUGUUGGUUUCAUACAAUUCUUUCUGCAGCUGCUACUAUUCCGGGCCUUAUAGAAUCUAUAGCAGUUGCACGAAAGGAAGAUUCCUAUAAAGAUAAAUGGGUUGGCAUUGUAGUCGACGACUACUUGUUUUAUAAAACACAAGAACGUACACCUUUAUUCAGUGUAAUGAUUCAAGAAUUACAUGGGUUCCACUUCUCGAAAGUGAAAGCCUAUGUUAAAUGUCACAACAAUUAUGAAACUAUCUAUGGGAGAUGCACGCGUGAUGCACUUGUAGGUUUUGGUGGUAAAGAUUAUAAAGAAUAUAAAACAUAUGAUAUCAAAAAUAAUCCAGCCAAGAAAGACAAAUUAUGGAGCUCAUUUCCUUCUGACACAAAAAAAAACAAUAGUAUAUUUAUUUGUCAUGGUGAAAAAGUAGGACGCGGUUUAAUUCCAUGCCACGUCUACAGUAUUGUUCGUGCUGUUAACUUUCAUAAUAAGCAUUUGGUUGAAGUUCGUAAUCCAUGGGUACAUGGAACAUGGAAAGGUUCAUGGUCAGAUGAAAGAUACAAUAAAGAAUGGUCGCCAUGGGUAAUACAAAAAGACAAUAAACAUUACAUAGAGGAAUUAAAUUAUUUUCUCAGUGAUCAUGAAUCUUUCUUUAUGGAAUAUGAUGAUUUUUUAAACCAAUUCGAUAUAAUCGAGCGUUGCUAUUAUACACCAACUGAAAUACAUACUGCUCAACACCCUGGUGAUUCAACCUUUUUGAUAACCUCUCAUGGGAAUAAUGGUACUGCCUACCCGAAAGAUGGUAUAGGUACUUACACUAUCGAUGAAGGCCAAUUUAAUUUAUCAUCGAAUACUAUUACUUUUAUCAAACGUUACGUUAAUUGUAACGAUAAUACAGCCUGGAACUACCAAGGCCAAUACAAACAUAACCUGUUUUUUGGAACAUGGGGUGCCACCCAUAAUAUGUAUUAUGGAGAUUUUAUUAUUAAACGGGCUGUUAAGGUUGAGAGUUUGUCACUUACAGGAUAUUGGUGUGGAUGUUAUUUAGAUAAUAGGAGUAUUGAUUACUAUUUAAUGGACUUGAAUUUCAAUGAAAACGUUAUCAUCGGGUCUGGCAAAGAUAAUGUUGGUGAAUUUAGGAUAAAUGGAGAAAUAUUACCUAAUGGUUCAGUCGGUUUUAUUAAAGCAUAUACUUCUCACUCAUGGAACUAUUUUGGGAAGAUGUAUGGAAGUGAAAUAUAUGGAAAUUGGGGUACUAUUAGGACACCUAAUAGUGGAACUUUUCUGAUGUGGAAAUACGAGUAA